CUUGAAACCGCUAUUCACUCACUGGGCUUAUCGCAGUUCGGAUGGGAGCAAGCUUCAGCGAUAGGGGGAGCAUCUGGAGCAGGCGUAAUUCUAACAAUACUGCUGAUUGUUGCUGUCAACCUAUUUUAACGGAGUUUUUCUUCACCUUUCCCACCCGACUCACUGUUGCAGUCGCCGACUUAUAUUCGCGCAACCCCGCUGCUCCCAGGGCCUACCUGUAGCCCACUCAAAACAACCUUGAGGCGAAGCACGACUCUCUUGUUUCCCCUCGGCACCUUUUUUCUUUUUUUCCCUUUCCCCCUACGACCCGUACUUUAUUCCGGACACCCUCCUCAAGCCCUGGUGCACAUAACCUAACCCCAAUCCCAGAGUCGAGUUGGUUAUUAGGGCUUUUGUCUUCGGUCCUCCGCGGAUCCAAAAGUUUGUUCGGCAUUUCACCAACAACAACCACCUGCGAAAAGCACCUCACCCGGCCCUGAUUGCACACCAAGCACAACAUCGUCAAUCCAGCACAUUGUCGGUGGCAUAUACCCCCACCUCCUUCCCAUCCGGCACUCUCUGGCGUCUGCUUCGUUAACCGUCUCCCUUCCCUCGAGAGACACAUCGCUGCAUACCCCGCCGUCCGAUUUUCUCGACGCCGCUAGCGUUGCUUUGACCGAGCCAGGUUAAAAAAAAAAUUCUGUACUCGCAAACUUUAUUCACUUGACAAGCCGACCGGCCUGUUCAUUUGUGACCUGUCUCCUUGGGAACCUUGGAGUAGCUGCCACCGUUAGAGCACCCGGACUGGUCCAUCUUUGACCUCCGUCAAGAGCUUGAGCUUGCCUCUCUUCCUUUCCCUCGUCACCGUCACCGCAAGUCGACAGAAAGAAGGGUCAUUUUACUGGAUAACCGCACAUAUUGUCGGUUGGCCAGUCUUAAUUGACCAAAGUACGGCAGGAGAACAGCUUGCUGUCGCUGCUGUUGCGCAGUCGGGAUCAUUCCGACAUCUCACUUGAUCGAGACAGGCCCACCCCGACCAUCACCAAUCAACAUGUCUUCAGCAGCCUUUUCCUAUGCCCAGGCCGCUCGGGGCCAAGCUCCUACACAGCCUAACAUACAGGUGGCGUCGAGCCCCGCGCCAUCAACAGUUGACUCCAAUGUCAAGGACGAUGUAUCAACUGGCAACUCAUCCGUGACUGCCCCUUCUGUCACCUCCAACAUUGCCCUGGACGCCGAGCAGAGCAUCCAGCCAGAUUCCGAGAAUGGGAAAGCCAAGGUCUCUGCCGACACUGCCUCGCAGACUACCCCAACACCCACGGUUGUGCCGACAGCCGACAUCGAGGAGAAGAAGGAGCAGGGGAGCGCCAACGUCAACUCACAGCAGCAGUCAGAUGCGAGAAGCUCGAGGUCAGCCAGCAGGACAUCCAGGAGGAAUGACAAUGGAGAGAACAAGAAGGGACGCAAGGGCAAGAAGUCGCGGGGUCAGGAUAAGGAGGCCGAGCAGCAAGAGGAGGCUGCCGAGAAGCAGGCCGAGAAGCCUGUGUACACAGAAGCCGCCAUUCCUUCUGUCAAUCCUUGGUUGAAGCGUGCCGAGGGACUCCAGUCCAAGACUCAGACUGCCUCAACGGCUGAUGCUGCCGAAACCAAGACUUCUGAGGCUGCUGAGGCUCAGCCUGUGGUGAACGGUGUCAAUGGAGACAAAGCUGCCCAAAAGAAGCAACCAGAUUCCCGGGCUGCUGAACAGGCCCCCCGCAGAAACGCCCCCCGAGGUGCUCGUGCCAACGACAAGGAGGAGAAGAAUUCGGUGACGUUGCCAUCGGUCGCUGAUGCUUCUGCCUGGCCGGAACCCAAGGCCACUGCUGCUGCCGCCAAGGAGCAGCAACCCACUCGCAAGUCAGUUGAGAAGACUGAGAGCUCAGCAAAGGAGGGCCAAGAUGAGGUGGCUCCCAAGAAGAAGGACUGGAAGAAGCUCGAGAUCAACCACUCUGUCGUUUUUGAGACACAGCUGCCUACUCCUCGCAGCUCGAAGCCCCGCGGUGGAGCUCGCGGUGGUCGUGAAUCUGGUACCAUGCGGGGCAACCUCAAUGGUUCCGCUACGUCACCUACUGCCGCUGGUCCUGCUGCCGAGAAGGCUGUCCCAGCCGGAGGUGCUCCUGGUCCUCGUGCCACCGCUCGGCCCCGUGAGGGCAGUCUGCCAGCUCGCUCCGCUGGGCAGAACCAGACCACCUCACCUACCAAGCGUGGCUCCGUUGAUGCCAGUGCUCAGGACCAGCAGAAGCCUGCUGCUUCCGCUAGUACUGAACAACCCCGUGAGAAGACCCAAUCUUCAUCCAGAAGAUAUACCAAGGACAUCCGCACCGAGAACGGCCAGCUGAGUACUGAGGGUGGAUCAAUCCCAGUUCGUCCUUUUCCCCAGGAACGGGUCAACGGCUUCCACCCCAAGGACGGUGCCCAGGGCAAUGUCAAUGGACACCAUUACCCUGUUCGCGAGAACCGCCCAGAGCGCGGUCGCGGCGGCUAUCGGGGCCGUGGCGGCCACAAUGGUGCUGUCGCUCAUGCCACCGGGUCUGCAGGCUUCCAGGUCAACGGACAUUAUCCCACACAGAACGGGUUCCAUGGCCACUCGCACUCUCGUCAAGCACACUCUGCCCAGAGCCCCCCGCCGUUUAAUGGCCAGUUUCCUCAAACUUUCCCCAACCAGGGCAGGGGCCGCGGCAAAUGGAACGGGGCGAACCAACAUAGCCCUCGUGGCAACCACAUGAGCGCCGGUUAUCCUCCCAAGUCGGCCAAUCCCGUACAUGAUUUCCAGGCCCCAGUCUACCCGCCUGUCAUGUACCCGUAUGGCCCUGAGGCUAUGAUCAAGAACCAGGUAGAGUUCUACUUUUCCCUCGACAACUUGUGCAAAGACUACUUCUUGCGCAAGAUGAUGGAUGGGCAGGGAUUUGUACGCCUUGAGGCCAUUGCCAACUUCCCCCGUGUGCAGCAGCUGACUACAGACCUCAACGUCCUGCGCUACGCUUGCUUGCACCUGGAGAAUGUCGAGUUCGUCGUUGGUGAUGACAAUAUUGAGAGGCUCCGGUCUGGCGACGCCAGAAGGGCUACUUUCAUUCUGCCUGAAGACCAACGUGAGCCUGCUUCCAGGCAUGAUGGGCCUGCCAAUUUCCGGGUCAUGAACAGUCAAAACCCCUAUGCAUCCUUUGGCGCCAUGGCUCCGCCUAUGAUGGGCUACUCUCAGUACCCUGACGGACACAUGUACCAGCCUGAAUUUAUGCCCAGAGCCCACAACGAGUUCGCUGUCAACGGCAAUGGUGCGGUGAACGGUUAUCAUCACUACCCCCAUGAUUCCCAGCUUUCCGCUGGUGUUCCUGCGUUUGCUCCCCCAGAGGAGCCUGUGUCUCUGGAGAGCAUGACCAAGUUCUCAGACUCCCAUGUUGACGAUCUUGUCAUUGUCCUGGGUGCCAAGGAUAGCGAAGAGACUGCUGCUGCUGUCGCGGGUUAUGUUGCCAACGGUAACACCCAGGACGGCUCUGAGCCUACCAUUGUGUGGAUCCAGGAGACUCAACCUGAGAAGCACAAGCGUCAACCAUACCACGAAAUCCGCAAGACUGCUCUCGAACGCCGCCAAGGGGCUCAGGCCGGUGAGGUUCCAGAGGAGAUGCAGAACCUCUACCGCUUCUGGUCAGAGUUUCUCCUUAGCAAUUUCAACGCCAGAGUGUAUGAGGAGUUCAGAAACUUGGCUUUUGAGGAUGCCUCCAGCUCAGUUCCCGCGACUGCCGGGCUCAAGACCCUUCUUGGCUUUUAUGACAAGCUCUUGUUGGACACGUCUGUCCCCAAGCCAUGGCCGAGCCAUCGGGCGUUCCCUCUUGUUCUGACCGAGCACCUUCAGGCGGCCAAGGAUCUUGAUCAGAAGACACAGCCUCACGUUGCCAUCUAG